AAAAUUGUUUUUUUUUGGACUUGCGCAAAAAACGUCUUUGCGUUUGUUCGGUAGCCGAAACGGUAUCGCACUUUAGAAUGACCAGAAACUAAGUCCGAAUCAGGAGCCAGGCGAUACAGCAGGAUGUCUAUAGAGGCUGAGGCGUUGCUGCAGGAGGCUAAGGAGAGUAUAGAAGCAGCUCAGAAUUACAGGAGCGAACUACAACAACGCCUACAUGGACUCAGCCAGGCACGCAAACAGGUACGAGGCAGCUCGUCUCAGGCCAGGGAGGGGUUGAAGCGUCAUUUCUCAGAGCUCCAGACGGCUGUGACCCGCCUCCUGACGGAGCGUCUGAGCGUGCUCCUUAGCGAGGUGGAUGUCAUCGAGCAGGACAGCGUACGACCGCUGGACGACUGCCAGAAACUCAUAGAACACGGAGUGAACACUGCAGACGAGCUGCUCCGAGAGGGUGAGGUAGCUAUCCGUUGUGGUCUGGGGGAGAAGGAGGAAAAGCUGGGGAGUUUCACCAAGAAGGCCCUUCAGAUCCAGCUGGACAGCCUUCCGGAGGUACCAGUGUUAGUAGACGUGCCGUGUGUAUCUGCCCAGCUGGAUGACUCUCUGCUGUACGCGGUGAGAGACAGAGUGUCACGACACGGAUCAGUCUCUUCACACCCUCCGGUCCAGAUAGAGGAACUCCAGGAGAGACCUGGCAGUGUGUUAGUACGCUGGUGUAAGGUGGAUGAUGAGUUUGCGGUGCAGGACUACCGUCUGCAGUAUCGUCGCUCAGUGUCUGGUCAGUACGAGGAUACCUACAUCGGGCCGGAGCAGGAGUUCCUGGUCCUACACCUGGAUCCCCACACUGAUCAUCUGUUCAGGGUGUGUGCCCGGGGGGAGGGACGGACCGAGUGGAGCCCCUGGAGCGUCCCACAGACAGGAUACACCACACUGGCUCCCCAUGAGUGGCGUCCAGGCAGUGAGGGCUACAUCCUCAGCAGUAGAAGGAACAUCGCCAUGCGGAGUGACUCGUCCCCCUCUAAAGCUGGGGUUCUCUACUCCAACGCUCCAACGUACUUCUGUGGACAGACGCUCACCUUCAAGAUCUCUGCGACGGGCCAGGUGGACAAGCGGGACAGUAUCGGGGUGUGUGUGGGGUGUGAGGGAGAGGCGGAGUCUCUCCAGAGGGACCAGGCCGUUUGCAUCUCCACCAACGGAAUGGUGUUUGUCAACGGUAAAGAGAUGACCAACCAGCUGCCUUCUAUCACCCUCGGCUCUGCCGUGACCUUUGAUAUGGAAGUGGUCAACCUACUACCUAUUAGCAACAACAACCUUAGCGACGGAGGCAACUUCAAGCUGAGGGUUACGAUUGGCUCAGGGAACCGGGAAGUGGUGUUUGAUUGGCUGCUGGACCAGGGGGUGGACUGCCUGUUCUUUGGUUGCUCCUUAGCCCACCCUGGUUGGAAGGUGCUGGUGUUUUGAGGCUGCUGAUUGGACAGCAGCCCCGUCAGUCAACACAAAGGGACAAGCAGAGUAACAGUCCUGUCUGCUGGAGUUGUCCUGUCCCAAAUCAACCCCGAGACCCAACCCCUUAGACCAGUGGUAUUCAAACUUUUUUUUAGCAGGGACCCUAUUUGUUUGUGUGCAUUUUCUCAUGAACCCACCCCAAAAAUAAUGACAACCUUAAAUUAGUACAUUUUACAUCAACAAAUAAUCCUUAAUUCGUUACAUUUACAAGACACCAAAAUAAAUGUACUCAAUUGUAUUUUUCAAAUACGUUUGUAUAAUCUGUACUCGUACUUUUUGUUUAGUGGGGUCGCGAUCAUCGCCUUUGAAUAUCACUGCCUUAGACACUUAGUCUCUACCCCCUAUAGCAGGGGUGUCAAACUCAUUCCACGGAGGGCCUAGUGUCUGCAGGUUUUUGGUUUUUCCUUUCAAUAAAGCCCUAGGCAACCAGGUGUGGGGAGUUCCUAACUAAUUAGUGAUGUUAAUUCAUCAAUCAAGUAUAAGGGAGGAGCGAAAACCCGCAGACACUCGGCCCCCCGUGGAAUGAGUUUGACACCUGUGCCCUAUAGCAACCUUUCAGUAUUGGGGUAUUUCUAAAAUGUGAAUUCAACUGCUGUUUACAGUAAUGUACCCCUCCUUUACCCACUGUGUGACCCAUCUGUUCCUUUCACCCUGGGAAAGGUUUCAUCUGGCCUUCUGCAGCUAUCUGUGCUUCCUCCAGGUAUGACUGGUGAUGGCUGUCUUCUCCGGUAUCAGAACAUCUCACCUCCUGUAGCACACCUUUCUCCUCUUGGCACCUGGCUCGACAUUGUACGCAAAGCCCUUUCUGAACUGCCUGAUAAGAUAUCCUGCCAUCUGAUACAGACUCGUGUACCAGAACUGACCAAUCAUUCUUCCUUUUCAAGAGACACUCAGGCUGUGCAUGAAAUGGCACCCUAUUUCCCUACAUCGUGCUAUGGGCCUUGGUCAAAAGUAGUGCACUAUAUAGGGUGCCAUAUUUCAGAUGCACAUUCUCUCCAAACGUCCUAAAAUUGUGUUUUUUACUUUUGAAUGUGAGAACAAUAAGGGAGUGGUCUCGUUCAGAGAUCUUAGAGGUGAUCAGAGAGAGAGAGAGAGACGUUACCUUUCAUCAAACACAUGAGCUGCAAAGCAUGCUGGUGUGGUUUACCACAGAAUAAGACACCACCACUGUGAAAAACGAUUCCCUCCAGAGAUCGUAACCUCUUCUUUUGUCAGUCUCUCCUUCCCUGUCGACCCGUUUAAUUCUCUAGCUCAGUGAGCAGAACUCAUGGUGUGGACGAAGUGUUCUGAAUCAGAUUCCAUUUCAUGCUCUUAAUGUGCUUUUUAAAAACUUGUUUUAUUUUUUUUGCUAACAGUUCACAACCAUGUAAUGUAACUUCACUUGUAGACAUUGAUGAAUUUUGGGGGGAACUUGUUCUACUUGUGAGAAGUGAUUUAUAUUUUAAAACGGUAUUCUAUUUCCUCUAGAGCAAUAUAGGGACGAGUGGGUUGCUUCCUGUGGUUCUGCAGAGAUGGAAUGGUUGCUGUGGUUACAGAGCGCUCUUCAGCAGACUGACUGUUGAGUUAAAUAAAGGUUAAUUUGAACCAUCUAACUAGGCAAGUCAGGUAAAAACAAAAUGUUAUUUACAAUGACGGCCUGCCCCCUAACCCGGACGACGCUGGGACAAACCCUAUGGGACUCCCGAUCACGGCCGGUUGUGACAGCCUGGAAACGAACCAGGGUCUGUAGUGACACUGCGUCACUUGGGAGUGUGACCAUUUAACAGGUUAACAGUGGUCAUACGUAAGACACUGCUAGAUAAAAGUUAUAGCUGGAUACAGUAUACAGCUGUAUAGUUACUCUGUGGCAGUGUUGCUUCACGUCCAAAUCUGAUAUCAGUGAAAGGCUGCCAAUGGCGCAAGGGUAAGGUGGUGGGGUUGGAAAUGGAACCAGGCCACCUGUUAAAGUGGGGUCGUACUCAGCUGUCUGUCAUCCACCACCCUCAUGCAAACAUCCGUCUCUGAUUCCUUUAACUGUGUGGCUGAGUCCCAAAUAGCAGCCUAUUCCCCAUCUAGUGCACUACUAGAUGGGGAAUAGGAUCCAUAGGGCUGGUCAAAAGUAGUGCACUUUUGGAAUGCUGACUGUGACUUGUAAUCAGGGUUGGGCUCAGUUCCAUUUCAAUUCGGGAGGUUAACUGAAAUUCCAAUUGCGUUAAAGUGGAAUGUGAGUUGACUUCCUAAAUAGCAUUGACCCCAGUCCUGCUUUUAUUAUCUACAUGUGUGUGUAUACCUCCUUGUGCCUUCCUUCAGUACAGAAUGAAUGCCCCAGAAACAUCCAAUAAAUUGCUUACUCAUCUA